AUUCGUUUCUGUUUUUGCUUUGUUUUUUAUUUUAGUAAUUACUCCAAUCGAAUCAAUUUUAGCUUAAAGUCUAAUUAGGUUAAUAAUAUUGGGCUAAAAUCGGCAAACAAUGAACAAAAUUAUUUAGUGCAUCCCGGGUAAUAGCAGCGAUGAAGUUUCUUCUAUUGGUCUACGUUUUCCUUAUUGGAAAAUCCCACGGAUAUGUGCGCCUAACGAAUCUCAAGUGUGAUAUCUUUGAUAGAUCUUUUGUAGAAUUCCCCGAAUGCCGACUAAAAGUGCUUGGCAGGGGAGUUAUCGGUGCAAACAUCCAUUUUAAGUUUCUGAAAUUACCAAUUAAUAGGAUGGUCAUAAGAUUUAACGCUUAUCGUAAGCUCAGCGGCUACCACCCGUUCCUGUUUAAUGUUUCCAAGGACCUCUGUCAUGCCUUGAAGUAUCCGAACCGCCUGGAUGUGUUAUACUACUUUUACAACGCAUUUUCGCCCUAUUCCAACCUUAAUCAUACCUGCCCCUACAAUAAUGACGUUUAUAUCAGGAAAUGCAUCUUGAACGAUAGGAUGUUUUCGAAGGUUCCAUUACCAAAAGGAACCUAUAUGCUAACAGUCGAAAUGGACGAUGGCAUUAAAAAUUGGGUUUCCACAGUCUCCGUCUACUUUGAUAUUGAUGUGGACUAACUAUGGGGAGAAAAUAUUAUAAUACUGACAACG